AUGGAUGCCUCUGCCCGGCUGGUGCUGUGCAUGUGUGUGUUGCUGUUUGUAACACAGGUCAGGAGCUCCUACAUUCCCUCCAAGAUGAACCGGACCAUCAAUACCAUCCUGCUACAGCACUAUGUUAAAAAAGUGUUUGUGGGAGGCAUUUUGGAAACCUAUAACAGACUGUUGAACAAAGUACUGGAGCAGCUCCCAACCCCAGGCCCCAAAGUGGACUCCAGUGACACUAUCAGAAAUGACCUGAAGUAUAUACUUAAAAUGGUCCAGGAUCUGAGGGACAACCAUUUCAAGGAGCAGGCGAAGCUUGUGGAUGAACUUCAAUCGCUACACAACAUUCCGACUGACAACAAAGUCAUCCAGAGCAAGGCGUUGGGGGAGCUGCCAUGGUUAUAUGAAGAGGCAAGUUCAAUGGCUAAUCACGGCAGAAAGACACGCCGCCGCCGCUUCAGCCAAACUAAUGCUACAAAGAAGCUGUAG